AUGUUUCCUCUCCGGUCCGCCAUCUUGGGGCCCGCGCCUCGAGAGGCGCUCGUGUGCUCAAGAUGUCUGGGCCGACCACGAUCCCAUCCGUCCGCGAUCCGAGGCUUUUGGUCGUCCUCGCAUCGCCGGACCGGCCUCGCGGAUAACCAGGCCUCCGCCCUUCUCCAGAAGACUUAUUUCUCCGGCAAUCGACUCUACGAUAGUACGGGAUUGAAAGGCGGUUUUAUCUCAUCGUUUUACUCCGCCAGUACCGACCACCAUGCGCCCUCUACCUCCCAGUCCACGAACGAGACCUCUGGACAGUCAAGUUCAACCGAACCAGCUGCACCAGAGCCAGUUGCGACCCAAACAAAUCCAGAAGAACUUCCACAUCGCCGAAGGAAACGAUUGAAGGAGUCGCGCGCAGAGGGAAGUCCGACGCAGGUCAUGCCACCCGAUGCCUCUGCGCAAUUGUCGAAUUUCUCGUCCGCCCUCCCCACCACCUCUCUCCGACGAAAGCUGGCUGCGUACUUUGCCCUGACGAAGCCUCGACUAUCCUUCCUGAUUCUUCUCACUACAACCUCAGCCUAUGGAAUGUACCCCAUUUCGUCCCUCCUCACCCUCGACCCAGCCAUGACCCCACUCCCGACGCUCUCAACCUCGACUCUGACGUUUAUAUACCUGACGACGGGCACAUUCCUCUCAUGUUGCAGUGCGAAUACACUUAACAUGAUGUUCGAGCCGAAAUACGAUGCUCUGAUGACCCGCACGCGGAAUCGUCCGCUGGUCCGCGGGCUGGUCUCGCGCCGCGGUGCUCUGGUGUUCGCCAUAGCCACCGCGGCUACUGGCCUGGGCCUGCUAUACAUUGGAACCAACCCGACCACUACCGCUCUCUCUGGAGCAAACAUUUUCCUAUACGCAUUCGUCUACACCCCCCCUCAAGCGCAUUUCCGUCAGACCGCCACGACGGGACACGACACAUGGCGCGAUAUGCUUUUCAGCGAGGACAGCAUCGGCGGAUGGCUGCUAGGCGGCAUUCUGUUCGCCUGGCAAUUCCCCCACUUCAACGCUCUCUCUCACCUCAUCCGGGACGACUACAAGGCCGCGGGAUAUAGGAUGCUCUGCUGGGUGAACCCCGCGCACAACGCCCGUGUGGCUCUGCGCUACUCCGUGUUGAUGUUCCCCAUCUCAAUUGGUCUGUGGUGGGUUGGCGUCGUUGGCCACGGCUUUUUAGUCGGCAGCACCAUUGCCAAUGGAUGGCUUGUGCGGGAGGCUUACGGAUUCUGGAAACACCAGGGCGCGCAGGGCACUGCCCGUGGCCUCUUCUGGGCUAGUAUUUGGCAGCUCCCCAUCCUCCUUGUUGGUGGAUUGGUCACCAAGAAGGGAUUGUGGGAUGGCGUGUGGCGGAAUAUCUUUGGCCAACCCGAAGAAGAUGAGGAUGAAUAUAUUUAUUAUGAUGAGGAGGAGGAGGACGAGGAAGAGGCGCUUGCGCAGGCUACUGCAAGUGGUAAGCCCGCUUCAACAUCGAAACGGGAAAGCUCCUUGUCCACAGCGUGA